AUCAUGCGGAGCUCCGUCCCUUCCUGCGAAAACAAAGAGUCAAACAGACUCACAACAGCCGAGCACAGACCCGGUCCGCCCCGCUCCACUCCGCCGCCCACACUCAGGAUGCACCGGCAGUCUGCGCGCUGAGAUCCCGGCGUGUGUAGCGCGUAGUCUGGGAGGGGCGUCCGUCAGACCGUCUGUCCUUCUGUCUGUCUGUCUGUCCGUCUGUCCGGGGGAAUGGCGGAUGGGGAGGCCGCCGUAUCUAUGGAGUGGGACAGCGGCGGUGUAGCAGAAUAACAUCCAACAUCACAGCGUUUUUGAUUAUUAUUAUUAUUAUAAUUAUUAUUAUUAUUACUCUUAUUAUCUGAGUUUGAUCUCCAGCUCUCGCUAUGGAUCCGGAGAAAACGCUGACAUUCUGCCACGGGCUGACGGCUGAGGAGAUGACCAUGUCCCUGCAGGGGCUCGUAGGACUGGACACUGUUACGGUGACUGUUACUCAGAAGGAGGCAGAUGUCCGCACAGUUAACAAGGUGGUGAAGAAUCACGGGGGUUCUGGUAGCCAGCCUGUAGUCAGUCCCAAGUACUGUCCUGGGGUAAACAACAAUCCUGGAUACCUAUGUGAAACAGGACACUGCUGUGGAGAGACAGGCUGCUGUACCUACUAUUAUGAACUCUGGUGGUUCUGGCUGCUCUGGACUGUGCUGAUCCUCUUCAGCUGUUUCUGCGCUUACCGCCACCGCCGGGCCAAGUUGCGGAUCCAGCAACAGCAGCGACAGAGGGAGAUAAAUCUGAUCGCCUAUAAUGGAGCCUGCAACUACCCCUCCUCCAUGCUGGACCUCAGCUUUCUGGCUUCCUUCAAGUUGCCCUCCUAUGAGGAGGUGGCAGCACAGCCCAGCACCCCUCCCCCCCCUUACAGCUCCGUUUUUGCACUGCAAGGAGGCGCCAUGGGGGGUCCGAGCUCUUCUUACCCCCAUCAUCACUACCACCGUCACCCCUGCCCUCCCUAUCUGGGCCCAGGUCCUGGCCCCAGCGCCUUGACCUCCUCGCAGAGCUCCGACAACUACACCAGCUGUUCCUGUGAGUCGUGCUCCCUCACCUCCCCCUCCAGCACCUCCUUCUCCGUUCAGGUGACAGACGAGACAUAUGACAGCAGCCGCAUGUCCACACCCAGUGAAGCAGGGGGGGAUUGUGUUGUUCUGCCAAGAGACGGGGCUGUCUUCACGCCAACUCCCUCCCCACAGCUUCUGUCGCAAAUUCCACCUGAUGUUAUCCCCGUGGCCGCUCCAGAUGUCAUACCUGUACAGAGACAGUCACCUGAGCAGAUCUCACCCACUGCUCCUCAACUUUCUCUUCCUUUACACUCUUUGAAUCCUUCUCGUCCUUCACACCGUCCUCGCCUCCCGCUUUCUCCCCUCGUUCUGCUGUCCUCCCUCCCAGCUGGGCAUCCCCUCGCUCUCUCAGAUCCUCUAGGAGCCGUCGCUGUUCAGAAAGGAAACGAAGAAAAAGAGGGCCCCGGAUCAGGUCCCAAAUCCAUCCCCUCUCCCCCGAAACAGGCUCUGUUCUCCUCAAAUGUGGCUGUUUUUAUGCAUUGUAACAAAGAAGAGGAGGAAGAGGAAGAGGAUGACGAUGAGGAGGAUCAUUUCCGCCAUCGACGGUUAACCGGCGACUCUGGGAUCGAGGUGUGUCGCUGCCAUGUAAAGAGAGAGGAGCAAGAGCAAGGGGAUUUGCAGAAGGAGCCGCUUAGUAAAGGGGCUACGAAGGAGUGCGACAGUGUGGCCUCUUCCACCAUCCAGUCACCACUUAGGGACGAUUGCGCCGAGCACAAUGCCACCAUUUCCUCAUCCUCAGCGAUCAUCCCGAAGACAGGCGAGGCCAUCAUCACUGUGGAGUAAGCGGACAACCAGUGAGGUGUAGUCUAAGAAGUGGAAGAAAAGUGAGAUGUUUAUGAUUAAUAGCAUUCUCAUAGAUCAAGACUAGUAGGUGAAAAGUUGUAUCACUGAAGAAAAGUCUUGCAGGUCCUUAAACAGAAGGACAGAAUAAGCGAUAACAGAUGCUCUUGAUUUUUCUAUUUCAUGUGAGAAACUCCAAGAGUAUCAAACUACCCAAUGCUGGAGUUGGAGUGAGUUAUGUCAGAGUAGGUUUGGGAAUUGAAGAAUUUUAUUUUUUUGUAAAAUGACAUGUAAUUUAACUACUCUCUCUGUCUUUAUUACCAUAGUUACAUUUUUCUUGCUUGAGCCACAACAGCAAAAGUAAAUACUUAUUGUACACUUAAAUCCAUUUUUACCAGUGGCUUCCCAUUGUCAAUCUAACGUCCUUCUGAUACUUUACCUUUUAUCCAUUUUCUCGUUAUGAUGCAACAUGAGGCAAAAAAAA